AUGAGUGUUGGCAUGCGCAGCAUCUACCACACACCCAACACUUCCUCCCCCUUCUCCUCCUCCUCUUCCUCCUCCUUCUCCUCCCCCAAAUAUGCUACUCCUCCUCCUCCUUCCCAUUUUCCUCCCCCUCCCCACACAUCUUCCCCUCUUCCUCCCCCACCUCCUCCCAUUCUUCCUACGCCUUCUCCUUAUCCUUCUCCUCCUACUCCAUCUCUCCUCCUCCUCCUCCUCCCCUCCCAUCACUUCUCCUUUUCCUCCUACUCCCCUCUCCUCUCCUGGUGUAGUUUUAGACGCUCCCACCACGAGACAGUCUAUCACGACACGGACAUUGAAGUCACCAAUGGCACUCAACUUAUCCGCCGCCGAUACAGACUCCAGGGUGUGUGCAGACCUUCUUCUUCUACUUCUUCUCCUUCUUCUUCUUCUUCUUCUUGCUCUUCCUUUUUUUCAAAUCACCGGGACUAG